ACCAUCAUCGUUAACAGAAUACAGAAGAUGACGAUGAUAAUAUUAUAUUAUAAUAUUAUACACGACACUCGAUAAUGUACACAUACAAUAUGUAUCGUGCGUGUAUAUUCCUCUCUGGUUCUAAAUAUAAAAUUCGUAUUCUCCCACUUGUGCGCGCCGGCGUCACAGAAAACGCCGUCACGGCGACAAAACGAAAAACGAGAAUAAAAAAAAUAAAUAAAUUAAAUCUUAAAAAACUGAAACGUUUUCGUCAGUCGCGCUCGCAGUGUGUCCGUCGGACAAAUGGACCGUCAUCGUCGCCUCGACGCCGCCGCUGCGCAAGUCGCGCUACAGGUACUCCUACUGUUGUCAUCGCCGGCCACUGUCGUCCGAGUCCUGUGCGGCCGUCCCGUGUGGCUGACCGACGGCGAUACGCUGUACUUGAGAUGGCAGAGCGGGCUGGGCUUGUUGGACCAUUGCUCCGUGGUGCUGCCCAACGGCACGGAGACGACCCUGCCCGACGCGGCCGCCACCGCCGCCACCCCCGCUAAUAUCACGUACGUGGGCGACGGUUACCAGUCCGGGCAAUGCGGACUCAGGGCCGUGAGUGUGACACCCGGCGUCGGCGAUUGGACGCUAACGGCGUCGUCGGCGGACGGACGACACGGUCGGGACACGAGUCACGUCACAUGCAUCGCGAAACAAUGGCCCAAGUCGAGCACGAUCCGCGUGCCCGUAGGCACCGCGGUGAACGUCACUUGCGGACCACCGAAGGCGUUUUACUGCCGAAUGUCAGGCCCGUCCGGCGAAGUGUCCAGGCACAAGGGCCAGUGUUGGGUGCACGUCAAGUCGGUCGGAUCGCAUCACCUGGACGUGUGGACCUGCUGGUCGGUGACAGCCGAGUCCGCGGCCGAAGUUCAGUACACUCUUCGUCUGCACGCUUACCGAGAGGGCGCAGUAACGGAAGUCGGAUGCGACGAAACUCCGUCCGAGGUGCGAGUGUUUUGCAACGUCCGCAAUGGUACUACCACUCCAGACGGUGGCGACGGCAAUGCAGUUGGUCGGGACGGUCACUUUCGGUCAAAAUACUGCCGACUUACGUUGCCGCGAGACGCAAAGAUCCUGUCACUGGCGUACGGGAGAGGCACUACCCGAUACUCGUAUUACGGUACGACGUACAACGAUUGCGGUGUGUCAUUCGCAAAACCACUGAGACGGUCCGAGAUCGGCCGAUGGAAAUGCAUGAACGCCAUGUCCGACGACUACAUUUAUGGCGGGUUCGUCGUCGUCGGGCCACCCAACAAUACGAAAGGUAUACCUCCGCUCACGGUGACAACCGGAAGGUCUGUGAUGGUGCCCAAGGGCAACACGUUUCAUGUGGAGUGCAGUGUACAUUCAGAGAUCGACUAUUGCUGGUUGCGGCACCCAAACGGCACUGCUAUUCCAGUGACGGUUCCGGACAGCACUGCGGCCGGUGACCCGAAGAGGGUCGGAACUCGGUACCGGUACACGGGCGAAGGGUUGUCGUUCGGCCAAUGUCACGUGGCGAUCAGCGACGCAUCCACGUUGGACACGGGUCCCUGGCUUUGCGCUUUGGGUCUGCGUGACGACCGCCGUGAAAUGUACGGUACGGUGGACGUUGUGGUUUCCGAGUCCGUGAUUGCGGCCCGCCAGGAAGAAUUGUACGCGACCGAGGGAACCCAGGUAACGCUGGGAUGCGACACGGUCGAGAAGCAGCCUAUAGCCUACUGCCGGUUCCUCACGCCGCGUCUACUCGGAUUCGCUGUGGACGAGAAAUCGGACGCACAGCCACCGCCCCGGUACGCGUACUCUGGCCAAGGACUGACGGCCGGCCAUUGCGGUUUGUCCGUCGACCGCGUCGACGAUUCUGACUACGGAAACUGGACAUGCGCCGUGAAAAUCCUAGACUCUUCUGGAUCUGAAGAAGUCAGCACGACCGUCCUGUUGCGGAAACCCGAAGGGUUUACAAUGAUCCAGAUCAUCGGCAUCGUGCUAUGCGGCACUAUGAUAUCCAUCAUGUCGCUGUUCUUUGCCAAUCAUCUCAUCACCAACCCGUCAGCAAAGACGACGAAAAAAAUCGAAAAAUUAGAAAUGCAGCUCGAAGCGGGCGAAGGUGCAAGUCGCAGGGUCGGCGCCAGACGAGUGCAGAAUAGCACGCGCGUGAUCAGGACUCAGCCGGGUCGGAGCAAACACGGGUCCAUACCUCGGAGAAUUUGACCACUGCACUCUAUUAUUUUAGUGGCUAUAAGAUCGCUAUACAAUUUUUCGAAUAUCUGUAACGCGAGACUUUUACUGCAGCCUUCUACAAUAGGUUUAAGCAAAAUCUUUCGAUUCCGCUCAAUAUGACCAUUAAUAAAUGUCUAUUGAUUCAUUCACAAUAAGAAAUAACAAUAAACUGACUUCUGCAGAUUAUA